AUGGCGGCUCGCACACGGCUGCCCUUGCUGUUCCCUAAAAACCUGCCUCCGUUCAGACAUCAAAAGCUCGUCCACACAGAGGCUGCGGCUAAGGAGCCCGUGUACCCCCCCAUCGUCCCCUCUCUCACGGCUAAAAGCAAAUCAGCUCGGCGGCGGCAGGUUGAGGAGCAGAUAAAAAAGAUAUGUGCCUCUUCGGUGGAGGAGAAGCUCUCCCUCAUCACUCGUAUCCAGCGGGAGAAAUUCGUGGUUUACCCUCAGACUUUUGCCCGGAACGCAGACAGAUGGUAUCAGCACUUCACCAAGACCGCCUACAUCCCGGGCCUGCCCGAGAAAUUCACCCCGGUCCCGGAGGAGGUCGCCGGGGAGAAGGGCUCUCCGUCGACGGCAGCUCAGAUUGCAGUGCCGGGGAUUGAAGAUGAUGCGUUCGCUGACAUCCGCUCCAUGGUCACUCGUGUGAUUUUACAGGAGCACUGGCACACGAAGAAACGCAAACCUUUCCUAUACCGAGAGCAGGAGAUGAUGGUCGGACCUUUUCUGAGAAACCUGUUAACGGGACUCACCUACAGUCUGACUAAAUACAACCCAGUGCUCCUCCUGUCAAGUCUAGAUAUUAAUCCCCAGGUGCAUUUUUAUUGGAGGAGAGGACAGAGAAUCAUCCCAAAGGGACACCGGAGAGGCCGGCAAGAGCCAACCAGGUUCCAGAUUGAUGACCACCCGCUCUGUCAGAUUCGGACCACUCAACAACUGCCACAGUUUACCCCGCUGGAGGCUUCGUAUGCAGCUGAAGUACCAGAGAUCACACUUUGUCCCAAUGUGAUGCCCCUGUUCAGAAGGCAGUACGACAACAACAUCUUCACAGGCGCUAAGCUACCAGACCCAGCAUGCUACGGUCACACUCAGUUCCACCUGGUUCCUGACCGAUUCCACCGAGAGCGGAUGGCUCGGCAGCAGAUGUCUGACCAGGUGGAGGUCUUUCUCCGAGCUAACGGACUGGCCAGCCUCUUCGCCUGGACAGGGGCUCAAGCCUUGUACCAGGGUUUCUGGGACCAAGAGGACGUCACCAGGCCUUUCGUGUCCCAGGCUGUGAUCUCCGAUGGCCACUUCUUCUCCUUCUUCUGCUACCAGCUCAACACGGUGGCUCUCUCCGUGGAGACAGACGCCAACAACCCCAGGAAGAACCUCCUGUGGGGCACAGAGAGCCUGCGACUGUACGAGACAGUGCAGGACGGAGAGGUGGUGGGUCUGAAUGACAGUGUCAUCAAGCUGCUGGUUCAGUUCCUCAUGAACCGGCCGUAGACUUCUUCGGGUACCUGUCUGCUCUUGUGAUUCUUUGCCUCUAUCUGUCUGUGUUUUCUAAGGUGUUGGAAGAAGCAGGAAUUUAAGAGAAAGAGCUCUUAAAGAUCCAACAUGGCAGAAAUGAGGAAGUUUUGCCAGAUUGUAUAAAACUGUAAUGUUCAAAAAGCAGAAAAAUCUGUGUUAAACAGGUUAACUGAACAAAGUACUGAAAAAUACUAAACACACAUCCCUGGUUAUUAUUACUGUGCAGACUGUAUUUAUGCAAAAAUAAAAUCAUGCUUUACAAACAGA